GGGGGGGGGGGGGGGGGGAUGAAGCCCUCCUCUGGUCCUCCUGCGGCUCCUGCAGCCUGACCUCCAUCCUCCAUCCCGCCAUGCCGAACCGACAGAAGCAGCUCCUGUUCUCCGUCUCCGGGCUGUUCGGCUUCUCCUGCGCCCUGACGGCCGCGGUGGCCACCGGCCUGCCGUUCUGGCUCAACGGGACCGUGCUGUGCCGGACCGGGGCCGAGCUGGUCAACGCCACCGGACCCGAGCUGGACAAGUUCCUGGGAGGCCUGAGCUACGGGCUGUUCCACGGGGAGAGGGUGAAGCAGUGCGGGCUGGGAGGAAGACCGUCCCGCUUCUCCUUCUUUCCCGACCUGCUGAGCGCCAUCCCAGCCGGCCUCCACGUCACCGUCAUCUUCUUCUGUGGUGUGGUGAUCCUCUUCUCCUCGGUGGCCACCGGCUUCUUCUUCUUCAACGCCUUCGGCAGACCUUACGAGACGCUGCAAGGCCCCAUGGGACUCUACCUGUGGACCGUCAUCUGCUGUCUGUGCAGCUGCCUGGUGAUGAUCCUGUUUGCGUCGGAGGUGAAGCUCCACCAUCUGUCCGAACGGAUCGCCAACUUCAACGAGAUGACCUUCGUCUUCCAGACCUACAGCGAACGCUACGACCGAUCCUUCUGGCUCUUCUUCCUCGUCUUCCUCCUCCACGGACUCAAUAUCCUGCUGAUUCGACUGGCUGGCGUCCAGUUUCCCUUCCAGGAAACCAAAGAGUCGGACUUGAGCGGCGGGGCGGCCGACCUCAUGUACUGAAGAGACCCAAACACAAGAUGGAAGUCUUUAAUGGACAAAAGAACAAUCAGCUGCAACAAUUAGAGGCUUUAACUAGUGACCUUACUGACACUUUAAGAUGCAUCAUACCAACAUUAUCACUUCCUCUCUGAAACACAGCAGAACAAACUGGAUCUCAUUCAUGUUAUUAACCCUGACAUACUGUUCAUAUUCUGACGCUUCACAGUAAACAGCAGAGAGAGUUUAUUCUUUAGGUUUAUGGAGAAAAAACAUUGACAGUCACAAUAUAUUAUGGUCUCUGUUACCUAAAACAGCCACAGUGAUUUCAAUGACAAGCUGCACAAAAAAAAGUUGAAUUAUAUUUUGCAUUUUUGUAUAU